CUGUGGUGCCAUCUUGUUCCGCGGUCAAAUGACGUACACAUGCCGCUAUUUUUGAUAAUAUAGCGUAAUAGUCACUGACUUCUUGUACGAUUUACAUUGAAGUGGUUUCCGGCGCCAAAGGUUUCGGGCUCAGACCUACCGAACGAAGGGCGUGUGAGCCAAGUCCCAGGUUUAGUAGUGCAACAAGUCGGGGAACAGAACCCAUGAUUUCGAACGCGGGUGAAUACUAGAAGACCGGCAGUAUUCAGAGAGCGCUUUCGGAUUCUGAGACUUCCUCGCUCGCGUCCCCGUACCAGUUCCCGCGUCCAUGAAUUUGGGAUCCUAUCUACGCGGCCUUGAUGAGGCCAUCCGCUAUCAGGACGGAGCGUCCCUCGCGAGUCAGCUGUCACUCCGCGAAUGCAACUCUGUCAAAGCGAACCUCUUACUCCAACUGCCGUCGGAUACCGAACGACAAAUCCAGCGAAUGUUUGACGCGCCAUGGGACGAGCUUGUUUAUACGCAUCUGAAGUGCGCCCAGAGCGCCUGCACCUACAAAUACGUGUCAGCUUUCAGAGAACAGCAAAACCACAUUCAGGUGCUGGUGAAGAUUCUCCAAUCACAAAAAGAAGAAAACUGGUGUUUACCAGUGAUGUGCUGCGCCUGUCUAGAGGUACGCCUGCUUGGAGUCCAGGCCGAUAAACAGGCACGGCAGAAAAACUACAAACAGGGAGAGCUCUUGGAAAAGUCCGCUGAGUCUCUCAUGAGCUGCUUCAGAGUGUGCGCGAGCGAUAACAGAGCCGCCCUGAAAGACUCGAAACGACUUGGGAUGUUGCACCUUGUGAAUCAACUGUUCAAGAUAUACUACAGUGUAAAUACCCUUCAUCUAUGUAAACCGCUGAUUCGAGCCAUAGAAGUGUGCGCCUACAAAGACGAAUUCAACUUGGGCGACAUGGUCACCUAUCGUUAUUUCGUUGGCCGGAAAGCUGUGUUCGACAACGAGCUCAAAACAGCACACGACUACUUGUCGUUCGCGCUACAGAACUGUCAUCCGCGCUCUUUGAAUAACAAACGUCAGAUACUCAUCUACCUCAUACCGGUGAAACUCUUGCUCGGCUACCAGCCCACGCCAGGGCUGCUGGAGAAGUAUGAACUCAAAGAAUUCCUCGAGAUAUGUCACGCUAUCAAGACCGGCAACGUGCUGAAAUUCCAGCAGGAGCUCGACAAGAACGAAGCGUAUUUCUUCAAGAUCGGAGUCUACUUGAUACUGGAGCGGCUCCGCAUGGUCGUGUACAGAAACCUUUUCAAGAGAGUUUUCCUCAUUUUGGGCACUCAUCAGAUACCCAUCGAGGCGUUGUUAGCUGUUCUCAAGUCUCAGAAUGUGGAAGAUAUAAACUUAGCCGAAACGCAAUGUCUAUUGGCGAAUCUGGUCUACCAGAACAAGAUCAAGGGCUAUAUCUCGCUACAGCAUUCGAAGCUCGUCGUCAGUAAACAGAACGCCUUCCCGAAGCUGAGCUCUUUGAAUUGAUGAAGAGCUUUUCUUGAAGAAUACGAGACGGCGAGGACGCGACAACGAGUGGGAAAAGAACAAUAAAAAAAUCAUCGUUCACGUUGAGAGCGUGUUUCCU